AAACUACCAACCAUCACUUGAGCUAGUUUUGCCUUCACAUCCCUAAGCAAUUCAAAAUGGCUUCAAGGGCUUUGGCAACAACUGCUUUCCUGCUCACCCUUAACCUUCUCUUCUUCACUCUCGUAACUUCAACUUCUUGCCCACCCCCACCAAGCACUCCUAAGCCAAAUAAACAUCACCACAAAGCAACUUGCCCUAAAGACACCCUCAUGUUAGGUGUGUGUGCUAAUGUUCUCAACGACUUGGUUCACCUAGUCGUUGGUACACCACCAAAGACUCCUUGCUGCAGCCUCCUCGGUGACCUCGUUGAUCUUGAGGCAGCAGUCUGCCUUUGCACCGCAAUCAAAGCAAAUGUAUUGGGUAUCAACCUCAACGUGCCAGUUUCUUUGAGCUUGUUGCUUAACUAUUGUGGAAAGAAGGUCCCACAGGGCUUCCAAUGCGCAUAGAGACCUUUCAUGGUUGACAAAUGUUGGUUGAAGUUUUUUUAAUCUCAUUCUAUAUUGAUGUGUAUUCAUGUUAACUAAAUUUGAGUGUUGUAAUUUUUUAUUUUUAUGAAGCAAGUAAUUUGUAUUGGAAGGCUUCUGCCUUCUUUUGUAUUUAGAUCCUGUCAUAAUAAUGUGACUAGGGUUUGUACUAUUGUGAUUCCAAAAUAAAAACAUAUAAUUCAUAAUUUUUA